AUUAAUGAGUCAUGAGCUCGGAAGCUGGGAUCAACAAGGCCGCCUCGCCGUCUUCCUUACCGACUCCAACUGGAUGAAUGGGGCCAUCGUGACUGGAUCUUCCCCAAUUCAGACUUCUCGGUGGGUUAUUCUGGGCCCUGGAGACGAGCAGUUGGAGUACCUGAGAGAGUUGGGAAUGCUUUUCAGGUAUUGGAACUAUCCCAAGGUGUGGCAGUCGUUCUGUGAUAGCUACGGUGGGAUGCGUGACGUCGCUGACGUGCUGCUUCAGUUUGACAAUUGGUACACUGCCAACCGGGGGCCGAGUGAUCUAGCUCGGGACAGAUUGUCGAGAAAGAGAAGACAUCGGUGCAAUAUCUCAAGAAAAGUCGUAAGCCGGUGCCGGACUUCUGGGGGUGGUAGUGGACACUGA